GACGUCGGAGAAGACCGGAGGUAUCGCUGAAGGCGGUAAGUUCGAUGUCGAGACGAUCGAAGGCAUCGCCGAAGGCGCUAAGUUGGAUGUCGAGACGACCGAAGACACGGCCGAAGGCGAUAAGUUGGAUGUCGAGACGACCGAAGACAUGGCCGAAGGCGGCAAGUUGGAUGUCGAGACGACCGAAGACAUGGCCGAAGGCGGCAAGUUGGAUGUCGAGACGACCGAAGACAUGGCCGAAGGCGGCAAGUUGGAUGUCGAGACGACCGAAGACAUGGCCGAAGGCGGCAAGUUGGAUGUCGAGACGACCGAAGACAUGGCCGAAGGCGGCAAGUUGGAUGUCGAGACGACCGAAGACAUGGCCGAAGGCGGCAAGUUGGAUGUCGAGACGACCGAANUGUAA